UAGAAUUUAGUGAUAAAAAAUCACAUUAUUUUAACACAAAAACCUGUGGCUGUGAGAAGAGAGCAAUUGUGCCGUUCAAUAGCUAAUAGAUAUUAUUAAAAGCUGCAAAAUGAAUGAAAUCGAUGAUAAAUUCUACUAUGUGUAUAGCUCAUCUUUGGAUCACAAAGUAGAAAUAAAAAUUGGUACCCUGGAAGGGAAGCGGUCUAAGCCAGAGUAUGACAAGUUGCUCUCGGACCCAAUGCUCAAAUUCUCCGGGCUGUACCAGGAAGGCUGCUCCGACUUGUAUGUGACGUGCCAGGUGUUGUGUGAUGGGGUGCCACUGGCGUUACCUGUCACUACGUCAUACAAGUCUUUUACUAACAGAUGGAAUUGGAAUGAGUGGGUGACUUUGCCAGUGUAUUAUAGUGACUUGCCCCGCAAUGCCAUCCUAGCUAUGACAAUCUACGACUGUGCUGGCCCCGGCAAACUGAUGGUGGUGGGCGGUACCACCAUAUCACUGUUUGGUAAACAUGGCAUGCUGAGACAGGGCAUGUUCGACCUUCGAGUGUGGCCUGGAGUGGAGGGCAGCGAGAAGACGCCGGGCAAGGCGCCCGACCGCGGCAAGGAGCAGAUGCAGAGGCUCGCCAAGCUGGCCAAGAAACACAGGAAUGGACACAUACCGAAGGUAGACUGGUUGGACAGGCUGACGUUCCGGGAGAUAGAGAUGAUCAACGAGAAAGAGAAGAGGAGUUCCAACUACAUGUACUUGAUGAUCGAGUUCCCCACCGUUCAGAUCGACGGCAUCGACCACGCGGUGGUCUAUUAUGAGCAAGACGGAGACGAAAUGUACCAAUUCAGAGCUCAAGCAGAGAUCGUCACUGUACCAGACUACGAAAUAUUACAGGAAAACUUAGUAGAGAGCAAGCAGCAUCGGCUGGCGCGCUCGCUGCGCUGCGCGGUGCCCGGUCGCGACGCCAAGCCGUCGGCCGCCGAGCGCGACCAGCUCGCCGCUCUGCUGGCCGCGCCGGCUGCGCUGCAUGCUCUCUGCGCCGACGACCAGGACCUCGUGUGGAAGUACCGGUUCUACUUAUCGUCGCACCGCCGAGCGUUGACCAAAUUCCUAGCGUGCGUCAACUGGAACCGUCCAGGCGAGGUGCGCCAGGCGCUGGCCAUGAUGAAGCAGUGGGCUCCGAUGGACGUGGAGGACGCUCUGGAGCUGCUCACGCCCAAGUUCACGCACCCCGCCGUCAGGAAGUACGCAAUAUCAAGACUGAAACAAGCUCCCGAUGAAGACUUACUACUGUAUCUGUUACAACUGGUGCAAGCAUUGAAGUACGAAGACUAUAUGGAAAUACAUGAUGAAUACGCGCGGAUCUGCGGCAAGGAGGUGGCGGUGUACUCGGACGCGGAGGGCAAGCUGCUGCAGAGCGGCCACAGGGGCAGCCAGGCCAGCUUGCUGUCCACUUCAGUGUUAACGGCGAGCGAGAUGACGUCGUCCACGACCAGCAGACAGUCAGACUCCGCGGUGGAAGAGUCCGCCGCAGUCGCCGAGAGCCUCGCCAGCAACGCCGGCGUCGAAGUCAACGACGAUUACCUUGAAUCUUUGGAGCCAUCCGAAGAACGCCUGAGCCUCGCCAGUUUCCUGAUCGCGCGCGCCUGCCACAACAGCGUGGUCGCCAACUACCUGUACUGGUACCUGCUCAUCGAGUGCGAGGACACGGACACGGGCGCGCGGGACCUCGCCGCGCGCGCCAUGUACCUCGCCGUCAUGCGCACCUUCUCGCACCAGCUCGCCAAGGGCGCGGCGGAGCUGGUGCGCACGCGCAGCUCCCUGGCGCGCCAGCAGGUGUUCAUCGACAAGCUGGUGGCGCUGGUGCGGCGCGUGGCGCGCGAGAGCGGCAACCGCAACAAGAAGGCGGAGCGCCUGCAGCAGCUGCUCGCCGACGCCGACGCCUUCAAGUUCAACUUCGCCAACUUCGAGCCGAUGCCCUUCCCGCUCGACCCCAGCGUCAACAUCAAGGGUAUAGUGGCGAAGAAGGCGAGCCUGUUCAAGUCGGCGCUGAUGCCGUGCAAGCUCACGUUCCUCACCAGCGAGGGCGUGGAGUACGAGGCCAUCUUCAAACACGGAGACGACUUGAGGCAGGACCAGCUCAUCUUGCAGAUGAUCACGCUCAUGGAUAAAUUGUUGAGGAGAGAGAACCUGGACCUGAAGCUGACGCCGUACAAAGUGCUGGCGACGAGCUCGAAGCACGGCUUCCUGCAGUUCGUGGAGUCGGUGACGGUGGCCGAGGCGCUGGCCGCGGAGGGCAGCAUCCAGAACUUCUUCCGCAAGCACACCCCGUGCGACGGCGCGCCCUACGGCAUCAAGCCCGACACCAUGGACACCUACAUCCGCAGCUGCGCCGGCUACUGCGUCAUCACCUACCUGCUGGGAGUGGGAGACCGGCACCUUGACAACCUGCUACUGACGAAGGCGGGCGCGCUGUUCCACAUUGACUUCGGCUACAUCCUGGGCCGCGACCCCAAGCCGCUGCCGCCGCCCAUGAAGCUCAGCAAGGAGAUGGUGGAGGCCAUGGGCGGCGUCACCUCCGACCACUUCCACGAGUUCCGCAAGCUCUGCUACACCGCCUUCCUGCACUUGAGGAGACACGCCAACCUGGUGCUGAACCUGUUCUCGCUGAUGACGGACGCGUCGGUGCCGGACAUCGCGCUGGAGCCGGACAAGGCGGUCAAGAAGGUGCAGGACAAGCUCAGGUUAGACCUAGGCGACGAGGAGGCCGUCCACUACCUCCAGAACCUUCUGGACAUGUCAGUAACCGCUGUGAUGGCGGUGCUGGUCGAGCAGUUCCACAAGUUUGCACAGUACUGGAGGAAAUAGCUGCUACUUGGAAAUUACUAGCGGACGCCUGCGACUUCGUCCUCUCACAGGCAGCCUUCCCAUUAUGUCGAACCGACAGUUUACCGUACAUUUUGAAGUGUCGUGGCUUGUAUAUUUAAAUUGAGGUGUUCACAUAUAUGAUGGUACGACUAAAUGUUGUUCAUGAUAUCUUUUUGUCUGUGACUGUUAACGACGCAAACACCAUUCUUGUUAUUUGUUUGUCCGUUACAAAGUGGUCUUCGAUCCGGCUCGAAGGACCACUUCGUAACGACCGAAACUAAACAGAAAUAAUUGGCGAAAAUGAGCUCUUCGGGACGUAUAACGUAACAAGGGAUGUUAACCGUUGAUAAUUCGUAACGAACUGAGUGGUUUAAUUAUCUGUGACCCUUUUUUUCGUCAAAACUGUAUAUUUUCUUUUUAAAUAUUAUAAUUGAUAAUUUGCGUCGCCAACAGUGACGACAGAUUAUCGUGGUAAUGUGAACGGCUAGCACGACAGUUGUAAAACUAAAAAAAUCGUCACAAUAAACCGACACAAUAAAAACCGAUACGUAUUACUGCCACGACAGCGAUAAUAUCGUACACAUCGAACACAGAACCGAUAAUAUUGACCAGAUCCAAUGGGAACUCCUGUCACGACUGUCGUUUAGCGGUAAAUAUCGGUGUUUUUCAACGAUAAAAGUCGUUAUGGUAAGAACAGCUAGAGACGACAAUGGUCCAACGGUAAAUUUUACUGCUUCGACAUAUGAGGAUGCACCGUUAGGCCUCCUUAAACGGUCCCUGUCGCAAAAUUCGUUUUUAGCAUAUGUUUACUAGUUAUAAAUUAUAUUUCCUGCCAAAUUUCAUCUUUAUAUGUCAAGCGGUUUUCAAUAUUUAAUGAUGGCUUAACUUUUCUAUAUACAGGACGAUUCACUUGUUAUAUUUAUAUCUCGACUAGUAGGCCUAUGCUUGCAUGCGUCAAAUUAUCUGGUAAAGAGAAAAGACGAUCAUUAUCAAUCCAUAUUCGGCUCACUGCUGAGCUCGAGUCUCAAAAUAAGAGAGGUUAGGCCAAUAGUCCACCACGCUGGCCCAAUGCAGAUUGGUAAGACUUCACACACGCAGAGAAUUGAGAAAAUUCUCUGGUACGCAGGUUUCCUCACGAUGUUUUUCCUUCACCGUUUGAGACAUGUGAUAUUUAAUUUCUUAAAAUACACACAACUGGAAAGUUGGAGGUGCAUGCCCCAGACCAGAUUUGAACCCACACCCUCCGGAAUCUGAGGCAAAGGUCACAUUCACUGGGCUAUCACAGCUACUGGUUAAUAAUUGAUAUUUAGUACUUUAAGUAGAUAUUAUGUUCAUAUUUUAAAUAAGAUGAUCUGUUGAAAAUAAAAUUACUAUCUAAUAUAAAUAAAUUAAUAAAUAUAUUUGGAAAAUACAUGACUAUAAAGUCCACUUAAAAUAACUUGAAGACAUUACUUGAAGUAAUAGCCAAGGGUUAUAAAAAUACUCAGAUCUCAAUGAAAUAAAGUUUUUAUAAAUAGAAGUUAAUUAUGUUUAUAAAACUGCAAUAAAAAUAUGUAGUUUUUUUUUAUAUUUGUAAUUAUAAAAAGCAGGAACAACAUUUGUUAUAGUAUAUUUAAUGAAGGACUAGGACUCUGGUUCUAUUAUUAUCAUAAUAUUAUACAUGUAAAAAAUUAAAGAGUUAAUAAUUUUUGCAAUAAAUAAUAAAUAAAUAAACAACACCAAAUAGUAAUAAGAUGAAGGCUGUUUUAGCAUGACAUUAAAACUUUUCAUAAAAUUUUCCAAAAUUAACUUGUAACGUCAUGAGAAAUUCAACAUGGCGGUACUUCCAAAAUAGCAUAAAAUUUAUUUUGUAUAUGCCAAUAUAUUUAGUAGAAAAAUACAUAUUAUAAAUUAUCUUGAUGUAUAUUCCAUUAAAAUGUGUAUUAUAAAGGAAAAAAAUAAGCCUGUCAUAGCUGUAAGAAAUAUAUUUGUAAUUUUUUACUGUGAUAUUUAAAAAUAAAAUAUUUUCUUU